CGAUUUUCUUUCAAAUCCUCCUGGUUUAUUAAUCCAACGUCCGUCUCCCUUUACCUGACAAAUUUAUUAGUUAUAAAGAAAAUACAUUACUUAUAUACAUAAGUAAUUAGUGUAUAAAAUACUAAUUCGUCCCGGAUUUUUUUUAUGCGGCUCGUCACUCACCAAACAACUGUUUCUUUCCGGUGUACACAGUUUGUGUUUUUGUUUUACCUUCACCGACAAUCUUCGGCCGUGUUUUAAGUGAAACAAUCUCCAACAAACUCAUUUAGUUUCUGCGUUGUAAACGAAACAAAACAAAAAUCGACGUUUAUAAAUAAUGGAGGAGCCGAGCGAGGAGGUCGCCGGAGAACAGAAUGUGAAGGAAGAAGAAGAAGAUGAGCAAAAGAUAGCAGACAUGACAUCAGAUGCUGAAGAAGAAGAAGAAGACGUGGAGGCUUUAACUCACGCUGACAUUUUGGAUAUUUUCGAGGAGGGACUCGCUCGCCUCGUACAAGAUCCUUUACUCUGCGAUCUUCCCAUUCAGGUGACUUUGGAAGAAAUCAAUUCACAAAUUGCACUGGAGUACGGCCAGGCCAUGACUGUAAAGGUGUUAAAGGCUGACGGUGAAAUCAUGCCCAUCGUGGUGGUGCAAGAUGCCAGCGUGCUGGACCUGAAGAAGGCCAUUCGCAGGUUUGUGGUGCUGAAGCAGCAGCGUGAAGGCGGCGUGAGGCACAUCAGCUGGAGGUAUGUUUGGAGGAGUUAUAAUCUGGUGUUUCAGGGGGGAAAGUUGGAAGACGACCGCGUGAGGCUGAAAGACUACGGGAUCAGGAACAGAGACGAAGUGACGUUCAUGAAGAGACUCAGGAAGAAGUGAACACUUUUCUACCCCUCAGAUUUUAUUUCUAUAGAUGAAGCUUGUUGUUAUUGUUUUUUUUUUUUACAGUUGAUAUUUUUGCUAUUUAAUAAAGCUUUAUACUAUUA